AUGACCUCUCCCGUACAACAAAUUUUCUACUCUUAUAGUAUUGAAAAAUUUGCAAUAUCCAAUGUGACCGAACUUCCAGUGAAUCGUUAGAUGUAAAGAUACGACGUGUGACAGUAUUCAACCCGUUGUCUGUGUAAAACAAGUUGUUUAUAAAUCAUAUUUGAGUCGAUUGGAGAUGGCAUACUCCUAUAGUAAUAACAAAUUUAUCGGUAUGAUAGUGGUUCACGGUGAGUAUCUCCAAAAUGCUGCUGCGUUUCGCGAGUACAUUCC